AGAACAACCAACAAGCUGUUGCUGUCUGCUAAACAAAACAAUCGAUGAAAACUCAUGGCAUUUAGUUGAUACAGUGCUGUGCAGAUGUUCGAAAUAUUAAGCGAUAUUAUUCUGUCUUCAUAUCUACAAUUUAUUAUUUUGUGCUCGUUUUAAUGUAAAAUGUUUCAGUAAUAAUAAUAAUAAUUUGUUUACUCCAAGUCAGUGUAAACUGAAGUUCAAAGUGAAAGUAGAAAGAUUAUUUAUUAUUAUGAAACUGGAAUCUACAAAAAUGUUUUGGUUGCUUAUUUUUUCAACCAUUCUAUCCAUGUGUAGAGCAUCCAUCGAGACUGACAAAGUCCAGUGUGAUCCUGAGCAGGUGCAUCUGGCAUUCGGUGACAGGCUGACGGAGAUGGUGGUAUCGUGGGCAACACCUGGCGAGUGUGAGUCUCGUGUCCAGUAUGGCUCUGGGCCGUGGGACAUGACCACUGUCGUACAGGCCACACGAGAGAUGUUCACCUAUAGCGAUGGUGUCAAGCCCCCUAUCUACAUGUACAGGGCCCUCCUUAAUAACCUAGAGCCGGGAACCACAUACUACUACCUGCCAGUCAGCAACAAUGUGACUGAUGAACCUUUUUUCUUCAAAACACCGCCCAUGGGACAGGCCUGGUCCCCAGAAUUCAUCGUGUAUGGAGACCUGGGUAUUCAUUCUGAGAGCCUCACUAACCUUAAACAGGAAGUGUUAAAGGGAAAAUACACAGCCCUUCUACAUGUUGGAGACUUCGGAUAUAACCUAUAUGACAGUGUGCCUGACGGGCAAUAUGCCGGAGAGAAUGUUGGUGACAUAUUCAUGAGACAGAUUGAGGAAAUUGCAGCUCAUGUGCCAUAUAUGACAUCUCCAGGAAACCAUGAGAUAGAGCCAAAUGAGAGUUUCAAGCAGUACCGGUAUCGGUUCUCUAUGCCUAACACUGACUGGCCUAUACCACUCAACAAGAUGUGGUACAGUAUUGACAUUGGCCCUGUACACUUCCUCAGCUACUCCACAGAGGUGUUCUUUCUAGAGGACAAACGUUACAUUGAGAGUCAGCGCCAGUGGAUCUCUGUCGACCUAGAGACAGCCAACAAGAACCGCCACACCACCCCCUGGAUUGUAGCCCUCGGUCACCGGCCCAUGUACUGCUCCAAUAAUGAUGGGGAUGACUGUACUAAGGAGGACUCUCUUGUCAAGCUGGGCCUGGAGGAUAUUUUCUACAACAAUGGUGUAGAUGUGAUACUACAAGCCCACGAGCACUCCUAUGAGAGACUCUGGCCCAUGUACAAGAGUGUCGUCUUGGCUAAAAACUUUACCAACCCACACGCCCCUGUUCAGAUCAUUACUGGGGCGGCUGGAAAUAAGCAUGGUGUGGACCCGAUGAACCCUGUAAAUGCAACCUGGUCUGCGUUCAGAAUGGAUAACCGGUCAUUGAACAGUUUUGGUCGGCUGAAGGUUGACAACAGUAGCCAUCUGUACUGGGAACAGGUGGCUGUGUUCGGUGGAGAGGUUCUCGACUCAAUCUGGAUCACGCAGGAGUCACACGGGCCAUUCUCUCACAACACGCUCCCAGCAGACCAGCAGGAUAAAAUUAGGGAACAAACAGAAGUUGAUGAGCAAAAUAUUGAUAAACAUAAUCUCAGGCCUAAGCCUGAAACCACUGGUGAUACUUUGACGGAGAAAGUAUCGAAAGCAAUUAAAGGCGCUGAUGUUAGAGUGAUUAUUGGAAUCUCAUUUGGGGCAUUUGUGGUGCUAUUUUUGUUAAUUGUGUGUAUUGUAAAAAGCUGCAGCGGGCGAAGGGUGAAGUCUUACAGAAGAUGGGAGACACUUGACUAUGGGAAAAAGUUUUACUCAACAGUAAAAAAUGAUGACAAAGAGGCUGAUGACUUUGAAGUUGAUGUUACCGACGGAACUACUAAACUCAUCAGUACAAAUAUAGACUGAGCUAUUAUGUUCUUCUGUAUAAAUCGGCCUUUUUGUGCAUAUGAUCAUGAUAUGUUUUUGCUAUCCAUAAUGAAAUGUCUCCAUAUAAAAACUCAGCUGUUCUUCCAAAUAGAUAGAUAUUCACAGAAGUUGGUAAUCGUAUGUGACGCAGUCAGCGAAACCCUUUCCUGUGGAUGGUAAUUGUGUUAUUGAAAACAAAAGAGAUUUAUCUAACUGAUUGGAUUAAAAAAUGUUAUGGUCACAUCAUCCCAAUGUAUAGAGAUAUACAAAUGUUUGUUUUUUAAAUAUAGCUUGCCUGCUUAUUGGACACAUUAUUCCGCCAAAAAGAAAGAAAAAAACGUUGAAAAUAUCACUUUUUCCUCCACAGCCUAAACAAACCUUCAUUCUCAAAGGGACUAGACACUAGAUAGUCCAAAAAUCAGCAAAUACAGUAUUUCCUCAAUACAAGCCUAGAAUUGUCAAUGUGAGUUAGAAGUAAGCCGAUAAUUCAUCAUAUUACAUGUUAAAAAAAAAUUAACCCAACAAUCAUAUUGCUAUCUUAUCUGUGUUUCCCCGUUUAAAAUAGAUAUCUGUUUAUGAGUACAGACAGGGCCCUAUUAACCAUAGGUCUGUGGUACAGAUAGAUAUACCAAAGCUAUUUUUAAACUUACUUGGAUUUAUGUGGUAGACAACUGUAGUAAAAAAAAAUCUUGCAAUUGUAUCAUUUGGUGUCUAGUCCCUUUAAUAAUCUUUUGAUGUCAGAGGCUCUGGUUUGUACUAUGAUGUGACUUUUAUUGUUGCUUUAAACAUUCAUGUACUGGUACAAGUUAAGAGUCAGCGCUUACUACUGUUAAAUUCUGUUUAAAAUAUUUCAGUAGGUCAUUUGUCUUGAUUUCGUUUCCAUUGUUGUCAGAGUGAAUUUUACUUUUACCUUGGCCAUUAAUCUAGGCUAUAAACCAUUAACCUUGGCCAUUAAUCGAGGCUAUAAACCAUUAAUGUAGGCCAUUAAUCUGGGCCUUUAAUGUAGGCCAUUAACCUUGGCCAUUAACAUAAGCCUUUAACCUUGGCCAUUAAUGUAGGCCAUUAACCUUAGCCAUUAACCUAAGCCUUUAGUCUAGGCUAUUGACCUUGGCCAUCAACCUUGACCAUUAAUGUAGGCCAUAACUCAAAAACCAUUCAAGAAAUUCCAAUCAAACUUAGAACAAAUGUGGCCAAUGGCAAUACACACAUAUACAGCAAGGAUCAGAACUCUGGCUUCAAUAAUUAUUGAGGUAUGACCCUUGUUUGACUAAAAAAGCCGAUGAGCAUUGGAAUUCACUCCACGUUGCUCUUGUUAAUGUUUAUGAUUUGUGAUAUUUAUGCCCCCACAAAGUGGCGGCAUAUAGGGUUGCCCUUGUCCGUAUGUACGUACGUACGUACGUCCCGAAAAUUGUUUCCGAUCAAAUUCUUGAAAACCGUUUGUCCAAUCCUCACCAAACUUUAAACACAUGUUUGUGACCAUAAUAUCUUGAUCAAGUUCGAUAGUCAUGGAAAUCGCUUUAGUCAUUUAGGAGUUACGGCCCUUUUUUGCCAAAAAUUCCCGAAGAUUGUUUCCGAUCUAAUUCUUGAAAACCGUUUGUCCAAUCCUCACCAAACUUUAAACACAUGUUUGUGACCAUAAUAUCUUGAUCAAGUUCGAUAGUCAUGGAAAUCGCUUUAGUCAUUUAGGAGUUACGGCCCUUUUUUGCCAAAAAUACUUCAAAAAUAUAUGUUUCCAAUCUAAUUCUUGAAAAGUAUGUGUCCAAUCCUCACCAAACUUUACAUACAUGAUUGUGACCAUAAUAUCUUGAUCAAGUUCGAUAGCCAUGGAAAUCGCUUUUGUCAUUUAGGAGUUACGGCCCUUUAUUUGCAAAAAAAGACUUGAAAAAUACGUCCCGAAGAUUGUUUCCGAUCUAAUUCUUGAAAACUGUUUGUCCAAUCCUCACCAAACUUUUAACACAUGUUUGUGACCAUAAUAUCUUGAUCAAGUUCGAUAGCCAUGGAAAUCGCUUUAAUCAUUUAGGAGUUAGGGCCCUCAGAUUAUCCUGAAUAAUCAUUAUGGCUUAUUUUCUGUGACAAAAAAUCGAAGUGGGGGCAUCCGUGUCCUAUGGACACAUUUCUAGUUUUUAUCACAGUUAAAAAAUCUCAUAGAAUAUUGAGAUUACAAUAUUUUUCUUGCCUACAUUUAGUUACAUUCCUGUAAACUGAAUGAGGACCAAACCCCUAAUUUGAGUUUGUUAAAUUGUUUUAUUAAUUCUUGAUAUAUAUUUAUAUUUAUGCCAUUUUUUCAGUUAUAUAAGAAGUCUAGCCCGAUAUGGAGAUUAACAUUUACUACUACCUUAGUGCAAUUAUUGUUCUCGCCUUAUUGUAUGUAGAGGAGUUAUUUAUUGCUUUGUUAGUAUUUUUGGUGUUCGAUUGUAGGGUUAAGCUAACCAGUUAUGGAAGGGUGCUGCACCCUGCCCUUUUUGGUAGUUCUCUCUUGCACUCAUGGAGACCUGCUUAGGAUGGACACACUUCUGCCUUCAUAGAAUGAAAUGCUUAAGACUGUAAAUGUUCCUCUUGUUUGGAUUUUAAUAAGAUUGUAAAUACAUACAAAACUUACAUAAAAUUAUAUGGCAGUUGAAACCCAAUAUUACUUCAAUUAAACACAAUUCUUAACAUUUUAUGUAAACUUCAUAUUAUUCAAGUUCUUUCAGCUAAUGCAAUGUGUCCUUUUCUCACUUAACACCUAUUCCCUCUUCUGCAGCACCCUGUCAUUUUUUGACCCUGGUUUAAGCCCUACAAUUGUAAUGCAAAAUGAGUUUUGUGUCAAACCAUGGUGGUUUUGAAACAUAUUGAUAUAUAUAUAUGUUUAUUGAAUAGAUGAUACGUUUGACUUUAAUGAAAGGGAUUAGAAAGUAACCCUGUAUUUUAAUACCUAUAACUAGGAAACAUGUUUCUUGUGUAUAUUAAAUAAAUUAAGAAUAGAUAAACAGACAGAUGUUCAAUGCAUUUAGGUAUUGAAAAAAAAUGAAUAUAAUACAUGUACACACUUACCUUGCUAAUAACUAAUUAAACUCUUGCUAUUUUAUAACUUGUGAAACAAAUCCAUGGUUAAUUCUCUGUGAAAUACAUGUUUCAAUCAUUUCAAUGCAAUUAAGAUGUCCCAAUUACUUCAUGACAUUUGUCCCUAUCACCUCAAGACAGUUUUAACUAGUAUUACCUGAUAUCCAUAUACAGUUAUGAUCUGAAAGGAUUGUAUUUAGCUUUUAAACAUUUUCGUAAAAUCUACCAUAAUGGCUUUAUUUUUUUAGGUUAUUUAAAAAAUGAUGAACAAAAUAUGUUGUAGAAAAGGCAAUUUUAUGCCACAAGAGUAACAUUUAGAUAUAAGAACAAUGUUUAGCUCUUCAUUGAAAUCUUAUGGCCUAUGUUCAGUAUAUUUUCACAUGACAUGACUCCCUUAUUGUUCAUGGGUCAGUGUAGUUAUUGUAUUUGUUUAAUGUUUUGUACUUGUAUAUAUACAUAUAUAUGAUGGUUAUGGUUUUUUUUGACAGUAUUGUGUUCAUUGUAUUUACUGUUUUGCAGUUCUGUUGUUGACGUGUUAUGUAGCCUUACCUUAUAACUGAAUGCUCAGUGUCAGAAUGAGGUUUUGGGGUGGUAUUCAUGAAACAUCUUAAGUCAAUUCUUAACUGAAGUCUAUUUCUUUAUUUUUUUCAAAUUAAAACAAAAGUAAAAGGAUUUUUAAAAUAUGUUUUUGUAUAUUCAAUAAAAUCAAUGACGAUAAAGAUAUUCAGAUAUUAUUUACAUAUUAUUUCAUAUGAUCAAUGACAUACUUGUUUUAUGAAUACCACCCUAUUCAAUAAGCAUCUUAGAUUGAACUUAAAUUUAAGACCAGAAACUAAGUGUUUUGAUUGGCCUGUAUAUUUAAUAGAAUCACUGAGGCGUAUCUAAGGAUGAGGACAAGAUCAAUAUUGAAUACUGGCCCUGCAGAGGCACUUCCUAUAUUUAAGGUUGUGAAUGCUACUUUAGGUUAAGGUCUGAGUAAUGGAAAUUAUGUAAGGCUAUUGUACUUUUAAUUCAAUCUUCUACCUGCAAUCAAAAGGAAAAAAAUACAAGAUAAUCUCAGAGAUAAAUUUAUUUUCUGCUAACUUCCUGUCUAAUGCAAAUGAAUCCUUUAAACAAAUUAAAGGUGUUUAAUUUCUAAAUGAGAGACUAUUCUUAGGAAAAACAUGAAAUAGCUUUUGUAUAGGUUAAAUGGAUUAAACUGAAUUUAGAGGAAAUAUAUAUUUUGUUAUCCUGUGCAUGAAAUGACAUAACAGUCUGAGGUUGCCUUUCUGCAUUAUAUUAUAUAAGGAAGAUAACAAUAAGUAUUUUGUUACCUUAAACUUACAAAAGAAAUCCACAAUAUCAUUUUGUAUUGGGUAAAUGCAUACUGUAUGAGGUCUGAGUGCUGACAUUUAUUGCUACAGCAAACAUAUGUUUAUAUCGUCCAUUUUGGAAGAAAACAUUACUGAAGUCAUGUUAUAGCUGGACUUGGUGUCUAUGAUGAAGACUGCAUUGGUUUUAACAUUAACUACAACUCAUAAAACGUUCCAAGAUGUUUAGAUGCAACUUGGUACACAUGUUGCCAGAAACUAUAUCAAAUGUAUAGUAAGGCAUAUAACUCUUGCUUUAAUAAAUGAUGACUUAUGCCCCUGAUACAUUUUGAUAAAAACAAACAGACUAGCGUUCCCUCUGUGACACUCUUGUUUACAUUUUAUGAUUUAUAUAGGUUCUAUAAGGCCUAAAAUAAAUACAUUUGGUUCGGGUAACCUGACCCUACCUACGAAAUAGGCGCUGACCCUAACGUUUUUAUAGUCAGGUGGUAAUUAUUUUUUGAACAUCAUAUAUUAUAUAAUAUAUAUAUAUAU